UUGCCAUUCUUUUACGACACAGUGGUAGAGAGAGACUAAAAAAAGAAAGAAAGUGGUAGAGUGACUCUUGGUGUUUUUGUUUUUCUAUGUAAAUCAUGUCAGGAAAAGUGCAGUAGAUGAACAAAGACAUAGAGUCGGCAUUGAGAAAAGACACUUGACACAUAUCAUUUUCUCCAACAGGCAUCAAAGACACAAACUACAGCCUCAAGGUCCAGGACACCUGCCUCAUCUGACGGGGUAAAAGAAGAGUCAGCUUGAAAUGAACUUGCCACAUCGCUAUGGAUCUUGAAGAUCCUUGUUGACUUUCCUCUCCCACACCUCCUCCCCGUGUCAUGGAGUUUGACCCAAACCACCUCCGUGACCCCUACAAAACUGUGGACGACAACGUCGAGCCCCCCGAUCUGGAGUGCGCCAUCUGUUUCUGUCAGUUCAACAAUGUCUUCAACACCCCUAAGGUACUUCAAUGCAAGCAUACCUUCUGCCUGGAGUGUCUUGCGAGGAUGAACGUGACGUCCUCCCAACCCGACACCAUCCAGUGCCCUCUGUGCCGCGCAUACACCCCGUUACCCAACUUGGGUCUUCCCAAGCUAGCAAAUGACUCCACAGUGCUGUCUUACCUCCCAGCUGCCAUGCAGCAUGUCUACAGUAUCCGCUUUAACCGCGACAAAGGCAAACUGCAGGUGAAGAGAGUGCCCAGCUCUGCCCCGGCUCCGACGCAGACCAUCAGCCAGACACUGGACGUCGGGAACCCAGCAGGCAUGGAGGGUCACCAGGGCAGAGACAGUGGUAGAGAGAGGUCAUUACUGAUCACAGUACUGAGAACGCCCCUGUGCAAAGCUUUCAUCAUGAGCCUGGUGGCCAUAAUGACCGUCGUUCUCACUAUAACUAUCAUCAUCAUCAGCAACAAGAAAUAAGACCAAAUAUAUUGGUUUUUACAUAUACGCUAG